GUCCUGAUCGAUCUCCUGUCAACUGUUUUUCCAAUGCCUACCAUUUCUUCUGUCCAGUUUUAUACUAGAUUUUCUACGUCAUGUCGCCGAUAGUUCAACGAAUAGUUUUAGCAGUUUUAGCAAUCAGUGGUGUGUUUUCCACCGAUAUAGACCUGCAAACGUGUAUAGAUAAUUUUAAUGUUCACCGGGAUAAAAUAAUCAGGACGCAGGAUUCCCAAAAUAUGGGUGCGAAAUAUCUAAACGAGAUCGACCUGGGGUCCAGAGAAGAAUGUUUGAGGCUGUGCUGUGAGACCGAUAACUGUGAUGUUUUUGUUUUCGAAGAAAAGUUUACCCACCACGUAAACUAUUCUAGUGCAGUGCUAUCCAUCAACAGGCAUCUGCCAGAUUUAGAAAGUCAGAUCAAGCUCACUAAGCAUGAGCAGGAUCUCACCAAACUUAGGAGGCUAGAACCAGAAACAGAUGUCCUAAAGACCGCUGUGUUUAAUGAGAAGACAACGUUCACUGUUUCCACAACUACGGUAGCUCCUAAGGAGGUAAUGCCACUGAGGAAAAGCAAAGUAGAAGAAGGUAAGGCAUAG